UCAGUGAAUCUUCCAUGGAAGUCCUGUCAGUCAUCACAUGGCCACAUCACACACACACAGGCCUCAUUUGGCUGGCUGCCACCAGCACACCGCACAGGUCAGCCUGCCCUGCACAUGAUGGAUGGAUGCUGCUCAAUGACAUCUACCGACAAACGCAUCACCACCCUCCCAUCGUAGACCUAGGCGCUAGCUAGGUCACAGCUUGCCAUUGUUGGAGCAUGCGGCUCCGCCAUUCUGCCCUGUGGCCGACUGACAUGCUGCCUGAGGCCUCGGCUGAUCCAUGGCCUUCAACACGUCCGCCAUAUUGUCCCAAAUCAGCGUGUUGUGGUCCGCACCGGCAAAUUCAACAUACUGCGCACACACAUCCACACAUCCAUCGGCACAUCCGGGGAGGGAGGGAGGGAGGGAGGGAGGCACACACCUGAAGUGCAGCCAAGUGCGUAUCGUAACUGCACUCAUACUUACGCGGGUGGCGAAUGGUGUUGGCUGCUGCUGGGUGAGUGUCUUUGCGAGGCCGCCCAGCUCCCUCCCCAUGUACACAGGGACGACCUCGUCACGAUCGCCAUGCAUGACGGUCAGGGGGAUGGCCGAAUCAGACACGUGGUCUUCCCACAAGUGUGGGUCAAGCAGAGACGUCAGCCGCUUCCUGUUGUCCCACCUUAGGUGUGCACCACACGUGCACAAAGAAUGAGACAGACAGUGACUAGGUAGGUGUCUGUGUCGGCCAACGUCCGUGUCGCCAACUAACUUGUGGACGAGCAGCGUUUCCACGACGGCUGUAGGGAUGAUGGGAAAGACCACAGUGGCCAUGUCGACCAGAGAUGUGAAGGGCGAUAUCAGCAGCAGCCGCCCCAGUGAGAUCGAAUGGUAGGCGGGCUUGGGGUUGCCCGCAUGGUUGAGCCGCUGUGCGACAGCCAACGCAAGCUGCAGGCCCUGAACAGAGAAACAAACAUUCCGACACAAAAAAUCCUAUCUUUCUAUGCAUAUGGAUGACGUCUGUCUGUCUGUAAGUACCGACCGCUGCUGCUCCGAUCGAGUGGCCGAAGACAUUGAGCUCGAUGGGCGGCAAGGGCCCCGAAUAAUGCCGGGAUAAACUAUCCAGGCAGGCAUCCAACGCCUGCAGGCCAGGCAGGAGUCGAGUCAACCAAUACACCACACAUAACAUACAGACGCAGACACAUAAACGAACGACACACGUACGGUAGGUACGCACACAUGGAUACGAUAGUGGACCGUGUAGUGCAGCGCUCAGCUCACCUGCACUGACGUUUUCAUGGUGUUGGCUGGGGUGGGUCGGCCCUCACACUCGCCGUAGCCUUCACACGGCAGGCAACACACAAUGAAUGCACUUCAAUCACAUCAUGGUGGCCACAGCGUGAUUGCAUAGCAGACCAAUGCCUGUCUGCCAUUGAUUGUACCAGGGUAAUCGGCCAGCAGGAACGCCAUAUCGUCCUCCUCUCCACUGUCGUCCUUUCCCGCUUUGACCCGCCUCCUCAGGUAUACGCCCACGAACUCCAGCCAGUCCAGUGCGAGGGCAGCGUUGCCCCCGAAUAACACCCACAGCCGGAGAGGCGACCGGGGGCUCACCACCGUGCCGACACGGGAAGAUCUAGGAGGGAUGAGAAACGCCGUCUGGUGGCCGAUUGAAGCAUCCUGAGAAAGCCAGAGGGAGGGAAGGCAGCCAUUGCAAGCAGCGUGGUGUGUGUGUCAUUCAUUCAUUCAUAUGCACCAUUUGGUCUUUGUUUCAAGGUCAGUCACCUUGAACUGAAUGUCUUGUAUUGGCUGCCGCCCGAUGCUGCCGAGGAACUCAUCGAAUGCCCUCCUCUGCUCCUCAUAGAAGCCAGCGCCUUUGUACUUGCGCUUGAAGUAUAUCAGGUGGUCCUGCGCGAGGCUGAGGACGGCUAUAAGAGACGCCCCGACAGCUACAGCCACUGAUUGCAAUGAAUCACAGACACUCAUGCAGAGGGUGCGAGUCAAAGCGCAUGUCGAUGUGCAUUGGUGUACAUGCCAUGCAUGUUAUGUAUGUGUGUUGGUGCUUGUGUGCGUACGGUACCUGCUGCCCGUCUGCCGAUGGUAGAUCCGUGCUUGUUGAGCCAUUCCCUCACUCGCUCCAUGCCAGGAUCAGACACAAGCCAAUCUGCACAGACAUGCAGCAAGUGACGGAUCUGUUUGCAUUUCAUUGUUUCCGUCUGACCAGUGACUAUAGGUGGCAGGAAAGUAAGCCGACGCGCGAGAUGCUUCCACCUGAUGUGUCCACCAACAGCAGCUCUCAGAUCUUUCCUCGCUGUUGGUCUUGCUGUGGCGUCAGCAGCGACAAUGAACAAAAGCGGCAGCGUUACGACAAGUAGAGGACGAUAUGAACCCAUCGGAAAGGCAUC